AUGUCCAUCAAGCUAGGUGAGCUGUCAGAGCUCGUCCAGGCGCGGUAUGUGGUUCAUCUAUCUGAUGGAAAGCGUUUAGUGCUGUUCCGUUUGCCAUCCAUCGACCCAUCCCGUCAGAAACCUCACGAAUCUCUAGAUGGCUGGUCAUACUACGCCAUGGAGGCAGAAUGCCCGCAUGCAGGUGGUCCAAUGGCGGAGUCAAGUGUGGAUAUAGAGGAUUCAGCCUACGUUGUAUCAUGUCCCUGGCAUGCGUACGACUUCAAUGUGGAGACCGGCGAAUCCAGUGUGGGCAUCAAGACAUGCACCUAUCCUAUUUAUAUCAGAGAUCAAAUUGUGUUUCUGAACUACCCACAAGGAGGUCGUGAAGUGAGACUUGCCCGGCUUGAAGCUGUUUCCGAGAAGGUCAAGUUGAAGCACGAUCAAAAUUCAGAUGUUCUCACAACACAGCCCUUGAACGAGCAGUCAUCAUUCUGUGACUGGGCGGUAGAGAUACUUGGUACUGCAGAUCCAGAGCGAAAAAUUGAACUCACUCAUCGCUUGUACACCGUGUUCAACGAGAAGGAGGUCUCUUCUUCGCCCAUGGCAUUAGGCAAGGGAAGAGUGAAGCCUCCUGAUCAGCCUCCUCGGGACGGCUUGGUAGAGGUAAACCCAUGGGAGAUCCAGAAUCCUGGACGUGGAGGUACAGUAAGAAGCAGAAUUGCAAUGCUUCAUGCUCUAGCCAACAUUGAACUGUGGGCGAUCGACCUUGCUAUUGAUAUUUGCGUUCGAUUUGCAACAUUCCAGACAGAACGAAAUGUACAUGAGCUACCGCGAACUUUUUUUCGAGACUGGCUGAAAGUGGCAAAUGACGAGGCAAAGCAUUUUUCGUUGCUCCGUACUAGGAUUGAAGAGCUAGGCUAUUAUUUUGGUGCUCUAUCUGUACACCACGGUCUGUGGGAAUCAGCAACUCGAACAGCCCAUGAUUUAAGAGCCCGAAUCAGCAUUAUCGCGUUGGUCCAUGAGGCUCGUGGCCUUGACAUCAACCCGAUGACAAUUGAGAAGUUCCGCAAAGCAGGCGACACUGAAAGUGUUGCGGCUUUGGAAAUCAUCCAUCAUGACGAGAUCACACAUGUCACAACUGGCCAUCGCUGGCUGACUUGGAUCUGCGACCAGGAAGGCACAGAUCCUAUUCAAGUUUUUCGCAGCAACGUUCAAAAGUACUUCCGAGGCGGUAUUCGCGGGCCUUUUAAUGAGGAAGCAAGACUGCAGGCGGGGAUGGAUCAGCGAUGGUACAAGAUUGACAAUGCGGUAACAGCUUGA